CUUCCGGAGCCUGCGCCUCACUGACUGCAGGGGGCCCGAUAAUCCAAGUAACUGCUGUGCAGGCGGGCCCCCUAAAGACCCGCAACCCACUGUCAGGGACAACUGUCCCCCCAUGGAGGCCCCUUGCCUGUGUCACCUUGUGCAGCCGGAGAAUCCUACAUGGUGCCACCCUCCUCAGCCGGUGCUAUCUUCCUACGGGCUCAGCGCAGAGGCUGAAGGCUAAUUAAGAUAGCACCGGUCUCUCCAUCCUCCAUGACACUUUUGUGACCUCCAUUCCUUUACAAGUUAUGGAUCCUAGGGUCCCAUCUCCCCUCCACCUGUGGAAUCCAUGCACCUUUGGUGCUUACUCCCAAACUUGUCCUACUAACAAGGUUGAAGAUGGUGAGACCAAUAAAGAAAACAUGAAAGCAGCAGAGGAACAUGUCUUGCCUUCUGAAAUUCCUCAGUGUCAUAGAACAGGUGAUGACCGUGUCUUGUUGGAUACCUGGUAUGUGAUCAAGCCCGGAAAUACCAAGGAAAAGGUGGCCUUUUUUGUAGCCUACCAGUGCUCAGGGGGUGGAGCUUCACCAUGUCCUGGGGGAGCUAAAGUCAAAGGUCGCUGGAGUGCAGGUGGCAGCUCUAGAGCUAAGAGAAGACGCCAUGCCCUUGAACCAGAUGCUACUCCCUCUGUAGCAGAAAUGGUUGCUUUGGCUGAGAAUCGUGGAGAAGAGGCAAUGUCCCCCAAACCUCCUAUGGUGCUAUUGACUUCCGAGGAAGAAGGAGAGGCCCGAUGCCGCAGUGUUGCAGAGGCAGUGGCACAGUAUGAAGCAGAGCAUGCAGAGCGUGAGGUUCGAAUUGCCUUCCGUGUGGCUGAGCACCCUGGUGACCCCAUAACUUGUGAUCUUUACCAGCUGCUCAGUCCUGAACCACACCGUGUCCGUGUUCUUCUAGAAAAGAUGGAGAAGCCACAAGCAGAGAGGGAAGAGGAGACUCAAGCCACUGCUUCCGCUGCGGGAUUCCACGUUGACCUGGUUCUCACAGGAGCUGUGGAUCGAUGUGUUUUUUAUGGAGGAGAGGCAGGAGAAACCGAGCCAAUUCCUGGUCAGCUUUUUUUCCCAAAUGUAUCAUCUACACCUCCGCCACCCCCUCCACCUCCGCCACCUGUCCCACCACUCUGCCGCCUUUACCGCCAUGUCUCCCAUGAUUUCUUAGAGAUACGCUUUCAGGUUCAGCAGCUAUUACAGCCACGGCUUUGUCUCACGUCCUUGCCUGACCAUGUCCUCCUAGCUAUUUUCAGCUACCUGUCUACAAGAGCCCUAGCAGCUGUCAAGUGUACAUGUAAGCGUUUUCGUGCACUGAUAGAGGACUAUGGGGUGCGACCAUGUGAUUCACGUUGGAGUCGUGACCCCCAGUAUCGCGAUGACCCCUGCAAACAGUGCAAAAGGAUAUAUCGGAGGGGAGAUGUGUCAUUGUGCAGGUGGCACCCAAAGCCUUACCAUCAUGAUUUGCCCUAUGGACGAUCAUAUUGGAUGUGUUGUCGACGGCCAGACAGAGCAGCUCCUGGCUGCCAGCUGGGACUACAUGACAAUAAUUGGGUGCUACCAGGAGAGAGCUGUAGAGGGAGAGGAAGAGGAAAUGGGGAAGGGGAAGAAAGCAGGUGAAAAGUUAAAAGGGUUGACUGUGGUGUAUGAAAGUUUAAAUAAAAGGCAUUAUUUAUAACUGUA